AUGGCGCAGGAUCAAGCAAGAAGUCCAUCGACGUCCCCCUCGACCCCGACUGUUCCCACUUCCUCCGACGACGAUAAGCUCGAUGUGGACUUUGAAGAUGAUGAUGACCCCGAGAGUGGUUCUUCUGCAACAGAAGCCCCAAUGGGAGCCCAGGCAAUAAAUACGACUGCUGUUACAAUUGUUCCUGGAACUGUUCCUACUUCUGAGCUUACAACUCUUCCCACUACAACAGUUUCCACCGAAAUACCAACCAAUGCUGUUCUCAGCUCAACUACUCCCCCUAAAGCUAUACUUACCAAAACUGUUUCCAAUGAAACAAGAACCGAUCAAUCGGAAGAAGCUAAACUUUUGGCACUUUUCGCUAAGAACACCGCUGCCCUUAACCUAUCAAUGAUAUUGCUCAGCGAUAUCCUUGCCAUUAACAGAAACAUCACUUGGAGUCUUGAAAAACAAAAGGAAUUUUUACCCGCGAUACGCUAUGCCGAAGGACUCGUGCUCAAUGCCACAAGAAAUUCUUUCUUCAGAGAGGCUGAGCUCCUUCGUAGCUUUGUCAAGGCCAUCCGCAAGAUUGAUGGGGAUGCAAGUCAUAUAGUCGAUGACGUCGCCUAUAUGCUCCAAUUGCAGAAUGAGACCAAGGAAAAAAUCAGCAGUUGUUCUGGGAAAAUUGGGGAUAUUCAGAGCAAGAUGAUCCGCAACUCAAAGGGAUUCGAUCAGAAGCUAAAUCGUUUGCGCCAAAUUAUUCAGCAGAGUAUCAAACCCAAGGUUCUGAACCUCAAUCUAACAGCCGGCAGCAUUAACAGCUCCCAAGUCAACUCUUUGGCUGAACUGGAGAAUCUCCCUAUCGUGUGGAAGAACAGCAAGAGCAGCGUAGGGCAGUUAGCAUUCCUGGAAUACCAAUUGGCCAUCCUCAACCAAACCCAGAAGAGGAGUAUGGAUAGUCUGAGAGAAGGUGUCCAGAAGUGGGCUCCUACCAACCUCAGUUCGAUCAACGAUCAGCUUCAAUCACUGAUCAUCUCCCAAAAACGCACGGAACUGGAUUUGGCUCUAUGCGAUGGGGACUCAUCGAAGAAGUAUCACGCUCCUUCAGCAGAUGAGGAAGUGGUAUACGGAACUAUUGUCUCUGAUGGCUUCUUUGAUACUCGAGAACUAGAUCCUCAGCUGACAUCGAAUGCUGCAUCCGAAAGAUACGUCCAAGCGGGUGUGUCACCCAAAAUGUCAUGGUAUAAUGUGGCCCAAACCCAAACGAGUGGAAGAAACUGA